UUGUUGUUGUUGUUGUUGUUGUUUGAGAUAGGAGAAACACAUCGGAAUAAUAAGUCAUUAGGGCUGAGAAAAAGAGAGAGGGAGAGAAAGGACAAGGGAGAGUCUUGACUGGUGAGUGUGAUGAGUGUUUGUUUAGCAUGUCGUAACAAAUUUCUCUUUAACAAGAUCAAAUAAAAAAUUAUAUCUUCUCUCAUCUCAAAGCUGCUUUCAAACCAGACACAAAUUACUGUGUGCUCCCAAGGAUGGCACUUCGGUAUUUUACCACCAUUGUUCUGCUGGUGCUGACGUCAUCGCUGCCAACACCAGUGGCAAUGACGUCACCAUACGACGACUACAUUCGUCUGUACAAAGACAUGACCACCGGACAAUAUGACUCUCGCGCCCGGCCUGUACUCAACCAGUCUCACACUCUCACGGUCUACGUGCAGUUCCAUAUCAUCAGUCUACUAGCCGUCAAUGAAGUGGACGAAACGAUGGACUUGAAUGGUUGGGUCAACUUCACGUGGUUUGACGAGGUUCGAACUUGGAACCCUGCAAACUACAGCAAUAUUUACAUCCUUCGACCGAACCCCCUGGAUAUGUGGCGCCCAAGAAGCUUGAUUGGAAACUCUGUAGCGAAAAGGGAUGUUUUUGAUGAUGAUUACAUGCCUGCUUUUAUCAGAAAUGACGGACUGUCCAACUGGUCACCUGGGGCGAUUUUCUCUACCUCCUGCAGAAUGGACUUUACUUACUUCCCAUUUGACAAGCAGGAAUGCGCGAUAAUGUUCGUGUCUUAUAACUCUCAGCGUGAGGUAUGCGUCUUGGCAGAUGAAGAUGGGGGCAGGAAUGAGAACUAUACUACAAACGGAGAAUGGGAUGUUCUUCAUAUUAAACAUCGUCAAGCCAUCAGAACGCUUAAUCCAGAUUUGUAUUCGAUUUUCGAGGUGGUCAUCAAUCUAGAAAGAAAACCCAAAUUCUUCGUGAUAAACAUGAUAUUCCCCAUAGUGUUCAUGUCGGCGCUUAACUCCCUUGUGUUCGUUCUCCCGGAGACCAGCGGUGAGCGCGCUUCCUUCUCGACCACCAUGUUCCUCUCCCUAACCCUCUUCAUGGGGGCUGUGACAGAGCAUCUUCCACAAAGAUCGGACACAUUCCCCGUCAUCGUUUUCUACAUUUUCAGCUUAUUAAUUUUGAAUGGUGCUUGCGUCGUUGCUACAGUGGUGCAGCUCCGUUUUUCCCCACAACCCGACAACACUCUGACCACACCGUCCGACUCGAACGACAAAACUGAUUCCACUAAAGGACAAAAUGCUGAUGACAUCAUUGUAAAGAAAGCAUUUAGAGGUAGAAAUGUUGUUACUCCAACUGAUUCCUUCAAUAAGAAGAAUUUGUUCUUAACCCAGUUAGGAUCGAACCCAGCAAAUAAUAAUAUUAUGCUUGAAACGGAUCUAUUCUGUAUCACCACCAAUUCUAAAUCCCCUGGCAAUAACUUUAAAAGCGAAAAUGUGCUCAUGAGUCAAAAUAGUUUUUUGAAAGAAAAAAACUCAACACAUGUCCAAGCAUCAUGUACUGACAAAAGUGCUCUCUUCUCUUCCACUACCAAUGCUAAAUCAUGUAAGUAUACCAGCUGUUUUUCGCGUUUCCGUCCUUAUCUGACAAAUGUCAAUGUUGUUUUAUUUACAGUUUAUGUUUUGGCCUGGGCGGCAUGUAACAUAUAUUUCCUGAACUGUUUGAUCAAUCAGCAGUAGCAAAAGAGUAAAGCUAAGGUGUUUAAAAAUUCCUGACGAAAUGAAAAUUGAAAGCCCGGGGAAACCUAAAAGGAUUUUAGGUGUUGUUGGGCCUGUUGAGGUAAUAAUAGUUUAGAUUGUAAAGUGUAAAACACUAGUUUUUUUAGUGGCGGUAUG